AUACCUCCGGGGCAGGCAGCUUGGGUCGGGCAGAAGCUCCAGUCAGUGUCCUGUUAUCCCUCGGACAGGCAGCAGCAGGAUGAACUUUGCGGCCCAGUUAUUCUACUCCAGCUACCUGAACGAGAGGCUGGAGCGUUUGUUUUCACCGAGGCCUGCAAUUAAAGACAGCGAGGAGAAUGACCCGUUCUGGGAGAGGGAGGAACUGCGUCUUGGCCCCAGUCUACCAGGAGGUUCCUACAAACCCGUCUGUAACGGCGCUGUGGGCCGCCGGCCGACUCUCAUUGAACCGGAGCGUCUCAAGGAUUUUGGUGAGGAGGAACUUCUCAAUGGAGAUAUUAAGUACCACCAAACCAGCGUGACUGUAACCCCUGAGAUGAAGCUCAUGGAUCCCCCCAAAACCAGAAGAGUGAGUGAGUUCAGGAUCAUCCCCAAACCUCCGGCUCAGUUCCUCCGAUUUGAGGACAUCAGCGCGGCAGCCUUCACGAUCCAGUCUGCGAUACAGAAGACACCUUGCACGUAUUCCAGACUGUCCAAGCAGUACGGGAUGGAGAUCUUCCUGAAGAAGGAGCAUCUUCACUACACCGGCUCUGUGAAGGAGAGAGGAGUGCUGUACCUACUCACCUCCCUCACACAGGAGCAGCAGAGGAAAGGAGUGAUCGUGGCCACCGACUGUAACUUCUCCAUGGCCGUGGCUCACCAUGCGACCGAGCUGAAGAUACCAGUGUUCGCCAUCAUGCCAUCAAGCUGCUCUUCUCCACGCCUGCGUACCUACAGAGACUACGGCGCCAUGGUCAUCUCGUACGGCGGCACCGGCCACGACUCCCAGAACCACGCCCGCCAUCUGGCCAAAGAGAACGGAUACCUCUACCUGGAAGAAGAUGAGAGUGCAGUGUACCUGGCAGGACUGGGAACUGUGGGAAUGGAGAUCUUUGACCAGGUUCCCAAAGUGGAUGCAGUGGUUAUUCCUGCAGCAGGACAGUAUGGACUUCUGGCCAGCACCGCCGCAGCCCUCAAAUACCUCAACUCCCAGAUUCUUGUUAUAGGAGUUGAACCAGAAGGUUUCCCCCUGCUGCUACAAUCUCUGAAAACAGACGGUCCGAUCAAAAACCUGCACAGCAACCCCAAUAAGAAGCUGUAUGGAGAUUUUAACGAGCGUUCGCUUGGUGCAAAUACCUUCCAUCUGUCCAAGAAACUGAUAAACAAAGUUAUUCCUGUCAGCGAGGAAGACUCUCUGGUGGCGAUGCUGCGAUUUCAGGAGGUGGAGCACUCCACAGUGGACACAGUGGGAGCCAUGGGACUGGCUGCCAUAUUGGCAGGGCAACUUCCAGAACUGAGAGGGAAAAAGGUGGUUGUUGUGGUGAGCAGCGCCAACAUGGAGCCGGACCUGGUGAGGCAGUGUGUGGACCGGGCCCUGGUGCUGGACGACCGGGUCAGUAAAUUCUCUGUGCAGCUGGGAGAAUGGCCAGGAGACAUGGCCAAACUGCUGGACGUCUUGUCCAGAGAGGACGUCAGACUGCUGGACGUCUGCCAUCGCAGACACAGUGACAAGUCAGACGUCUUCAAAGCAAAGGUGGAGUGUGUGGUGGAAACCAGGGACAAGACGCAAAGCACUCAGCUGCGCAAGACGCUGAACGAGCGCUACCCUUCGAUAUGCUGGCUGGACCGGUGAUUGAAACAAAACGAGACAAGAGGAAAUAAGGUGGAGUGUAAAUAAAUCUGGAAGGGAUUCCCAACACAUCCUUCAGUAGGACAAUAACCAACCAAUAACCGAUCUCUGGAUCUAGCGCUUAUCAGAAUAAAACACUCUGAAUUAGCUGCAGGUUGGAUGGUGUGGUUAGUUUCAAGAUAAUUUCCCAUUAUUAUACAAACGCAAGAAAAGACUAAAAGUAGAGGUUCACAGAUUGCAGUUUCUUUAAAAAGCCAGACCUGCAUUUUGGUGGAUACCAGGCUUUUCUUGUCUGAAAUGUCGCUAACUGUGUGACGUCACGCUGCUCAGCUUUCCACUUGCUCCGCCAUGAUGGACGUCAAAACAAUCAACGCGCUCCUUUGAAGCUCGUCAAAAGAACAAACAUGUGAUAGCUUAAUAUCUCUUCUAUUUAGUUGAUUUCACCUUAAAGGUUGCUGCACAAACAGACAAGGAUAGAAACCAAACUUGUCAUUUUACUACAUAACUUUUAACGAGGAAAGAUGCAUCGCAGCCGUCAAUCAUAACGACUGGCAGCUGUUGACGCCUGAGUGUAACCGCAGCAAACAAAUCUGCUGCAAAUUACCUUUUACAAGGUAAUUACAUCAACGUUCAUAUAUCAAAUAUUGCCUUAUGGAGAAGGUGCGCGUUUAACCGUAACCAUGAAGACAAUACCGCAGUCAUGUAGCCCAGCAUGUACGGGAACAAACUGGUUAGCAUUUCGUCUGUUGUACGUUUUUAAGGCUGCUCAGGUGUAAACGGUUUUUAUGACAUAAUGAUAUAAAUCAUGAGGUGUGAAUUCAGGCAAAGUGUCAGGAGGGAGGAGGAAUGUGUCGGUUUCUAAGCUAGCUGUUUACAACUUUUGCAAAUACCGCCGUCUGUGAACCCCAACCAGGUGUGUUACGUUCAUAGAAAUAUAAAUCAAGAACAAACUGGCAAAAAUAUUUUCCGUCACUCCUCUCCCUCAUUUCCGACGUCCAUCAUGGCGCCUGGAAUGAUCAAGUGACGUAGUGACAAACGGUCAGGACAGCGGUUUAGACCUUUGAUGAGGUAUAAAGACAGUCUUCAUGUGGAAAUGUCGGCUGAUCUCCCAAAAUUAAGGACAUUGGCGCAAAUAAAUCGGUGCGCCCCCUAAAUAAAAGUUGAUGUUUUCAGAGUAUAUAUAUUUUUAAGAAGCUGUACAUACUUCUGUAUUUAUAAACCUAACCGUAGAAGAGUCCGAGAGAGACAACAAAAGCGAACAAAUGUUUUUGUUUUGUUUCUGUGCAGAUUUUAUGAAAGGGAAAAAGGACAGAAAUGCAUUUGUUGUGUAAUUAAGCCUGGGCUGCUUAAGAAGAGCUAAAGCUCUUAAUGUCUUUAAGCAGAGGGCGAUGUGAAAACCUGUGCUGCUGAUGCUGCUGCUUUGAGUCGUAAAACCUGAGGUUGAGCAAUGCAACUGUCCUGCUGACGAAGCUAAAAUAAAAUUAUGGUGAACAUCCAAACAAUUUCAAGAAGAUUCUUUGUUUGAUUUUCUGAUGUUUGUUUUUAAAUGGUGACUGAAUCUGGGUUUUUCUGACAGGUAGAAACAUUAAAAAACACCCAUUUACUCCA